AUGUCCAGACCGCAGAUCUGCAAGCGCAACAUGGCCUUGAACGAUAACUUCUUUGAGCAAGCGCUGAUGGCACCCCAUACUGCAAAGCUGAGCGCACAAGUGGAGAGCGCGAUCGUCGGCCUCCGUGUAGCCGUUGCGACCUCGACUAGGUCUCAGGUGCACAAAGAUCGCUUUGUACAGGAGGUGAGUACCUGUCAGCGGCUGGAGCAAUCCGACGUGUUCGCUGAGCUCCUCGGCCAGAGCGUCCAGGCGGUGGUGGUCCAGGCUAGCCGCUCGAAUGCGCUCCCUGUUGCUAGCAAUCCAGUUCCCAGCUCUGGCCACCAGGCGUCUUGA